GAGAGUGAGGAUGAAAGCCUGUGCUACUUUCACUCUUGUCUUGGCCCUGGCUCUGAGUGGUGACUGUUUGAGGAUGCACUACAAAUCUGGGGCAGGAAGAGGCUCAAAACAUGAGUUCGCUCACCCACAAGUGUUUACAGAGGAUGGAAAUUUAUGCAAAUUUCCUUUCCGGUAUGGCGGAAGGCUUUACCAUUCUUGUUUAUCAAAUAUAUUUUCCCGAAAGAAAUGGUGUUCAACAACACAUAACUACGACCGCGACAGGAAGUGGGGGUACUGUAAGUUGUUGUCCAAAGAGCAGCCAGAUUACUGCGCAAACAGCCCUUGCCAAAAUGGAGGGACCUGUUUUCUUGCUCACGGCCAUAGGAUGUACCACUGUGCCUGUUCAGAGGAAUUCACGGGAAGGGACUGCCAGAUGAGGAAAUGUUUUGACAACAGUCUCUAUGAGUACUUUGAUGUGGGCAUGACCUGGUCAAGAGUCCAACAAGGAGCUGUGGAGCAGUGCAUGUGUGUGGACGGCCAGAUCGAGUGCCAGAGUAUCAAACAUGAACGUUGUGUUCAUGAUCCUUGCAUGAAUGGUGGAGAAUGUAAAAUGAUUACCUUCAGUAGGGAAAUCGUAUGUGAUUGCAAAAGAAAUUUUGUAGGAAAGUAUUGCAAUAUUGCUCCUUUCCAAGUGUGCUAUCGUGGCAAUGGCACAGGGUACAGAGGCAUCAACAACAUGACUGUUUCUGGACACAACUGCUUGCCCUGGAAUUCAGACUUACUCUACCAAGAGCUUCAUAUCAACGGUGUUGAAGAAGCAGUACAGCUAGGCUUGGGGCCCUUCUCUUACUGCAGAAAUCCAGAUGAAGAUGAGAAGCCAUGGUGUUACAUCAUGAAGGACAACAGUUUGUCUUGGGAUUAUUGUAGAAUUCCAUCUUGUGAAAGCAGGGAAAGGCGGCCACCAGUUCCAGACCAGACUGAUACUUUUGCAGUUGCCAGAAGACCAUGUGGAAGAAGACACAAAAAAAGAAGUUUUGUAAGACCUAGGAUUAUUGGGGGAUCUUCAUCUUUGCCUGGAUCUCAUCCCUGGACAGCAGCAAUAUAUGUUGGAGAGAGCUUCUGUGGUGGAACCCUUAUUCAGACAUGCUGGGUUGUGUCAGCAGCACACUGCUUUGCUAACAGUCCUCUAAAAUCCACUAUUACAGUAGUUCUGGGUCAGCAUAUAUUUAAUAGAACAACUGAUGUAACACAAACAUUUGAAAUAGAGAAAUACGUCUUGCAUCCUCAGUAUUCUGUGUUCAGCCCUACUGAACAUGAUAUUGCUUUGAUUAAGCUGAAGAAGAAUGGCCAGCGUUGUGCUGUCAAGUCUCAGUUUGUUCAGCCCAUCUGCCUGCCGGAAAGUGACACCGUUUUCCCCGAACAGUUCAAAUGUCAGAUUUCUGGAUGGGGACACAGGCACGAGAAUAUUUCUGGUUACUCGGAUGUCCUGCAAGAAACACUGGUUCCAAUUAUUUCUGAGGAGAAGUGCAAAAGCCCUGAAAUAUAUGGAACAGAAAUAAGUGAAAAUAUGUUCUGUGCUGGCUACUUUGACAGCAAAUCUGAUGCUUGCCAGGGAGAUUCUGGUGGACCUUUGGCCUGUGAGAAAAAUGAAAUCUCUUACCUUUAUGGAGUUAUCAGCUGGGGAGAUGGCUGUGGCAGAGUCAACAAACCUGGAGUGUAUACACGAGUGACAAACUAUGUAAACUGGAUUAAUGAGAAAAUAUCCCCCCGAAAAACUAGUUGAACAUUUUAAAUGUGAUAACAUUUCAAGCAUGGUCCUGGAGUCUUUUGGUUUCAUUAAAGUGGCAUAAAUAUUUUAUUAUAAGCUAGUAUGAAAACUGUCCUGGUAAUUCUUAGAAAUUUCAAACAGACCACCUAAAACAGACCUAAUCCCUCUGAUACCAGCAACUUUGAGCUGCAAUUUUAGGGUCGUGGAUAGCUCAACAUAU